AUGGUCUGUGCUUACAAAGUAUUUGCUUCCUUUGUUCCACUCCUCGGUCUUCUUUUUGCAUUUGAUGAUGAUCACAUGAUGGAUACCAUUACAAUUGUCGAGACUAUAUUCGAAACGGUAACAAUGACUUCUACUGUACCUGCGCCUGCCGCUACCAAAUCCGUCAGUGAAAAGAAGUUGGAUGACACUAAACUGACACUCCAAGUAAUUCAGACUAUGGUGUCAUGUUUUUCCGUGGGUGAAAACCCAGCAAACAUGAUCUCUUGCGGGCUCGGUGUCGUAAUUUUAAUGUUUUCAUUGAUUAUCGAACUUAUCAACAAACUCGAACAUGAAGGUAUCAGUGAACCUCAAAAGUUGUAUGACCUAAUUAAACCAAGAUAUGUCGAAUUACCUUCAAAUUAUGUAAACGAGAAAAUCAAAAACACCUUUGAACCUCUUGACAUAUACUUAGGGGUUAAUUUGAAUAAUUUAGGAAUAGAUGAGAAUCAAAACUGCUUAAUUCUCAAACUUGGUGAAAAGUCGGCUUUACCUUUUCCAGGUUUGGCCCAACAAGUUUGCUAUACAAAAGGCGCUUCGAAGGAGUUUACAGAUUAUAAAUUAUCGACUAUACAAGGAAAUUUAAAUGGACUAAGGAAGGGAAUUACUAAUGACGUUCUUCAAAAGAUAUCAAACAUUAGAAAAAUAUCAGGUAACUUUAAAUCUCAAUUUUAUCAAAUUUCUGAGAAAAUUACCGAUGAUAGUUGGGAUGGUUCUGCUAUUGGAUUUACUGCUCAUGGAAAACAAGAAGGCCAAAGAAAAUCUCAGAUAUCGGUUUCAUUUUACAGAGAUAAUUAA